AUGACGGGCCAGAAGCGGGACUACGAUGUCCUAGAGGUCGUGCCGAAGUGGGAGAUCACGAAGAUUUAUUUGCGGUGUUUUCUGGCCAACAUAGCCAUCCUGCUGAAGUGGUUGUACGAAAGCGUGAAGUGCAAGGUGAACCCGACCGCGAUCAUGCGUCGUACGAUCGAACGGACAGAUUUUCCUAACAAACCACCGAUCUUUAUGACCGAUACCAACCUGGGCCGGCAUUCGUACGUCAAGCUUGAGAACACGAAGCUCCACUUCGUCGAAGCUGGUAGCAGAAGUAAUCCUAUCGUACUUCUUUUGCAUGGAUUUCCGGAUUGCUGGUUUGGCUGGCGGUAUCAGAUACCCGAGCUGACACAUUAUUUCCACGUUAUCGCACUGGAUUUAAAAGGAUUCAAUGAUUCAGAUAAACCGCAUUGGCGGUUCGAGUAUACGCCAAAGAAAGUGUGCGAAGAUUUGCGGAAAUUUCUGAUAGCUAUCAGCGCGAAAAGUGUGUCUAUUAUUGGUCAUGAUUUAGGGGCGACGAUAGGCUGGUUAUUCGCCCACACAAAUCCGGAAAUGGUGGAUAAAUUUGUCAGCGUUUCUACACCGCACCCUAACCUGCUUUGGGACAAUCUUCCGAAAAGUUCUCCUUUCAAUAGAAAUUGGUUGGAGUUUGUACAGUUGCCAGUGCUACCGGAAAUGGAGCUGAAACAUACCGCGGAUAAAAUCCUUCGCCGUUGUUAUCCACAUGUGGCGAAGGAAAAGCUCUUUUUAUCAGGCACGAAUGGCACAACGACGAAUAAUAUCAUGGAGGCGUACAUGUACAGCUUUUGUCAAACAGACGAUUGGCGGGGACCAUUGAAUUAUUAUCGUAAUUUUCUAUUCUAUCGUGUCCGCGACGGUGAAAUCAUUCAGUGUCCUUGUUUGAUUAUCACCGGCAACGAUGAUAGGUUUUAUAAGUUAGAAUCCGUAGUGAAGAGUUCAGAAUUUUGUGAGAACUUUGUCAUUAAAAUAAUCGAGCAAUCUGGUAGGGCUCCACAUCAAGAAAUGGCCACGGAGUUCAAUAGCACGUUGCUAAAGUUCCUCAUCGGUAAAAAGUACUUUCAAAAACCUACGGAAACACAACCAGCACACUCCAGGGGACUAGUUGGGCGAAUGUUCGGAGGCAUCGGAUCGGUCGCCAACAAUACAGUAAAACUGGGGAAUAAUCUACGAGAAACGUAUGCAUUCGCCAACCCACUGAACAGUGUUCCAAGUUUCAUGAUCAAGGGGUAACUGCUAUGUCGAAUGCGUUUUAAUUGAAUCUCGCUUUUAUAUUCGAUCCCUGGUGAUUGAUGCAGUUAAUUGCUGCAAUGAUCUACUUUCAGUGAAAUGCA